UCGAAGAAGGAGUCCUGGCUACUUUGUGACAUCCUCUCAAUGCUGAUGCAGCAUCUCGGAAGGAUUCUUAACGAGGAGAAAGUAUCAAGGUGGUGGCAACAUGCCUGCAAUGAAAGGUCUGCUCGCUCCGCAGAAUACUUUCCUGGAUACCAUUGCUACAAGAUUUGAUGGGACCCACAGUAACUUUCUGCUGGCCAAUGCCCAAGUCCAACAUGGCUACCCCAUUGUCUACUGUUCCGACGGCUUCUGUGAACUCACAGGUUUUGGCCGCACAGAGGUCAUGCAGAAGAACUGCAAGUGUCGUUUCCUGUAUGGGGUGGAGACCAGUGAUACUGUCCUUCAAGGCAUUGAGAGUGCUCUGGAGGAGAAGCAGGAAUAUCAGGCUGAGGUUUGCUUUUACAAGAAAGAUGGAGAUCUAUUCUGGUGCCUGCUGGACAUUGUGCCCAUCAAAAAUGAGAAAGGGGAGGUGGUGCUGUUUCUUUUCUCAUUUAAAGACGUCACGGAGCAAAGGAUGAGAGCCCCUCAUACUGAUAAGAAGGAUGAUAAACAGAAGAACCGUCGAGCUUCUCAUUUUAGCUCGGCAAGAAGACAGAGCCGGACUAUGUUGUGUCACCUUACUGGUCAAGUCUCUGGACGAAACAAGAGUGAUAUUAAACUUAACAAUAACCUCUUAGAUAACAAGCCUUCCCUUCCUGAAUACAAAGUAGCUUCUGUCCAGAAGCCUCGCUUCAUCCUUCUUCAUUACAGCAUCUUCAAAGCCCUCUGGGACUGGCUUAUCCUCUUAGCCACCUUUUAUGUGGCUGUCACUGUCCCUUACAAUGUCUGCUUCACGGGCCACGAUGACAGUGUGUCUGCAGCACGAAGCACUAUUGUCAGUGACAUUGCCGUGGAAAUGCUAUUUAUUUUAGACAUCAUUUUGAAUUUCCGGACUACAUAUGUCAGCCAAUCUGGACAAGUGGUGUAUGCUCCACGCUCUAUCUGUAUCCACUACCUCGCCACAUGGUUCUUUGUGGACCUUAUUGCUGCUUUGCCCUUUGAUCUUCUCUAUGCAUUCAACGUCACAGUGACGUCUCUGGUACAUUUACUAAAGACGGUUCGAUUAUUGAGGCUCCUGAGGUUAUUGCAGAAGCUGGACCGGUAUUCUCAGUACAGUGCCAUGGUGCUAACUCUUCUGAUGUCCAUGUUUGCUCUGCUGGCUCACUGGAUGGCCUGUGUCUGGUAUGUGAUUGGCCGCAAAGAGAUGGAAAGUAAUGAUCCUGUCACCUGGGACAUAGGCUGGCUUCAUGAACUUGGCAAGCGACUUGAAGUACCAUACAUCAAUAAUUCUAUUGGUGGACCCUCUAUUCGCAGUGCUUAUAUCGCAUCCCUCUACUUUACCCUCAGCAGCUUGACCAGUGUGGGCUUCGGUAAUGUCUGUGCAAAUACAGAUGCUGAGAAGAUCUUCUCUAUCUGCACUAUGCUAAUAGGAGCUCUGAUGCAUGCUGUGGUUUUCGGUAAUGUAACAGCCAUAAUUCAACGUAUGUACUCCCGGCGUUCCCUGUAUCACACCCGCAUGAAGGACCUCAAGGAUUUUAUCCGUGUUCAUCGCCUUCCUCAACAGCUUAAACAGCGCAUGUUAGAGUAUUUCCAAACCACAUGGUCUGUCAACAAUGGCAUUGAUGCCAAUGCGCUACUGAAGGAUUUUCCAGAUGAGUUACGUGCUGAUAUAGCAAUGCAUCUCAACAAGGACAUCUUGCAGCUCCCUGUGUUUGAGCCAGCCAGCCGUGGGUGCCUAAGGGCACUCUCCCUGCACAUCAAGACUUCCUUCUGUGCUCCUGGAGAAUACCUCCUGCGCCAAGGGGAUGCUUUGCAAGCAAAUUAUUUUGUGUGUUCUGGCUCAAUGGAAGUUUUAAAGGACAAUAUGGUGCUGGCAAUUCUUGGUAAAGGUGAUCUCAUUGGUGCUGACAUCACCAGCAAAGACCAGGUGAUUAAAACAAAUGCUGAUGUGAAAGCUCUAACAUACUGUGACCUGCAGUAUCUCACUCUCCGAGGGCUUCUAGAGGUACUGGAACUGUACCCAGAGUAUUCCAACAAAUUCAUGGCAGACAUCCACCAUGACCUGACAUUUAAUCUACGGGAAGGCAGCGAGACAGAUGGCUACUACAGAUUUUCUCGUUCACCACGGCUAUCACAGGUAAUACUCCUAGCAUCAAUCCUUGAAGAUAAAGAUGAGACAGAUGACUUUUUCCGACACUCUCCUGCCACUAUGACCCGUAGAAAGCUCCUUCUGCCAAACCUUAACAGUCCUGUGCGCCGUGGCUCCCUCAGCAGCCUCUUAGGAGAUGAUCUGAGACAAUUCUCUGCUUUCCGGCGUAAUUGCCGGUCUCCAGCCCGGAACAGUCGAGGAAGAAGCCCCUCACCACAGUGUCGAAAGGCAGAAACGGUGUCUGAGUCAGAAAAUGUAUGCUCCCACAAGCCAGCCAAUCUACUCAUCCCAUCACUUAACACAUAUGGCCCACCAGAUCUCAGUCCUCGUGGUGGAUGGAAUUGAGGAUAGUGGAGAUGUAUCUGAGAGCCAAACCUUUCAGUUCAACAUGGGCAACUCAAGGGCCAGGUCUCCAGUCAGGCAAU